AUGAGCGAAUUUCCUGAAUAAAUAGAUAUAUCGAAACUUAGGAUAGAUUUGGGUCAAUAAUGGAAUGAAAUCGAAUUGGAAGUGUUUUUAAAGAGUAUGAUUGAAUGAUUAAGUUGAUUGUAGUCUUUAGACAAUAAUAAUUGGCAGGGGUUGGCAGGAUGUAGGAGACUUUGAGACAGUUAGGAUAUCAGCGAACAACAACAAACUUAUUAUCUGUAUACAAGAAGGUAAGAUUAAUUAUGGAUGAAGAAUAAAAACUUCUUGGAAUCAAAUCAAAAUUGUACCGCCCAUGACUUGUAUCUGAUAUUAAGAGAUCAUUAUGAAUAAAAUGAACCUUGUGAUAUACGACCAAUUAAGAAGAUUAAGAAAAAUUAAAAUUGUACACAAUAUUGCAUAAACACAAGAUCGUAAGAGUAUUCCUUAGAAAUUCGAUAUGGAUGAGAAUGCAAAGGAUAUGACCUAUUAUUUCAGUUAAACAUAAUGUCUCAAUAACCAAUGUGUUUAUGAUAACAAAAACAUUAGUCAGAAUGUAUUCAUAGAUUAUUUUAAAUUUAAGUUUUGUAAAUGGAUUUAACAUGAAUAUUUUUAUUCGCAUUUAGAUUAUACUUAUUUUAGUCUAAAUGAAUUUUAGCAGAUGUUAAGUAAAGCGAGUAUUCCAUUGGGAUCAAAAUCAAUUGCAGAAUGGAGAAUUAUAAAAAUGGUAGAAUUUCAUUUCUACUCUUUAGGCAGUGGGAUAACCAAGGAGAUUUUCAUUUUAUUUCCUUCAAUAGGAGAUGAGCAAAUUGACAAAGUAUCGAUCUGUUAUUAGAAACUACUUGUUCGAUUAGAAUUAUCCUAUUCACAGGGAUAUUAGAAAUCUAGAUUUAAUACAUGACAUCGUAAGAUUGGCACCAUUCAAUGUUGGUUAAACAGUCUAUGCUGUCCAUCCAGUAUGCAAACAUGUUCAUGUUGGAUCCAUCUUGUCUACCAACCUACCUACUAUAACUAUUAAAUUCUCAUAGCCAGAAUUAGGAGUUCAUAAGAUAUCGGAUCAAAAUAUUUAAUUGUAUCUAUGAAUCCCUUAUUUAUCAUAAGAGAAGAGAAGUUCAUUAGCAAAUAGAUGAGUGAUGUUCGAUUCGAUAUGCAAUAGCAAUUAAGUUUCAAUACACAGAAUGAAAAUAAAAACACUUUGAUUUCCAGUAUUGUUUAGGAGUUGGAUCAUUAUGCUGCAGCCUUUAUGAUCAGAAUUUUGCAGAGGUAUCAUCAUAAGUAUUUCAGAAAAUAUGCCUUGGUUGGACAUCUGAAGCAAUUGAGUUAGAAAUUGUAAAAUGAACCAACUCUUAUAGAAGAUCAAGAAUUUAAAGCUCUUUAUCAAUGGUCUUUGCAACAAAUCAAGAAUUUCGAUUCUGCUUCUAAGCAUGUUAUGACGAAGUUUAGAAUGAGAGGAUUGAGUGGAUAUUGUAAGUGCAAUUUGCAUAUUUAUUUCAAGCUUUGCAAUAGGUGAACAAUAAUUUGGAUAAGGUUUUGAGUAUGCCUUUGGCCUAUAUGGAGAGAGAGUUGGACCAGAAUAAUGUGGAACCAGAGGAGGAGAAGAAGAAUUUAGAGAUAAAGCAGAUCAUUCAUAAACAAUAAGAUGUAUUAAUAUGUUAUUUCUUAUUUCAAAGGAAAAAAUCAACUCACAAUUAAAUUCAUUACUAACAUAAAAAUUUGCAUUUCUAGAGAAGGACAAUUGUAAUUAUUUACCUUAUGAUUUUCAAUUUGAAUAGAAUUGAAACCCUUAGUUCAAUCACUCUUUGGUCUAUUGUUUACUCUAAAUAAUAGUUAAGAUUUGAAUAUGAAUUCCAAUAGUCAUUGGCAAACAUUAAAAUAAAAUAUCUAAGAAUCACAUCCUCAGUAACUGCAGGAAAUAUAGGAAUCAAUACUAAGAAUAGUAGGUAAUCAUAGUAAAUGAC